AUGGCAUAUCCGUUCGGAGUGUUUGCUUCAGCCACUCCGACGGGGGUUGUGGUUGUUGUUCGACUAUCGGCGACGUUCGAUGAAGAGGAGCCAGCUGAACGAGUCGAGCGCACCUCAUUCAUGACAGGGCUUUGUAGGCUUGACAGAGAUGUGCUCGAGCUAGGACCAUCUGAUGCGGACGUUAAUGCACUGUCCGUCAUACGAAAUGCACCACUCAUACGAUUCACUACGGUGACGGCCGAUAUGGCUGCCUUUCAAAUAGCACAUUUAUCAGUCUUUUUCUCGUCCACAUUCACUCUGAUCAAACGUCAGCAUUCACCCCGUACAUUAUUUACAUAA